AUGACAUUCCCAAGCCUCCGCCAAUUUCUGUUCUGCACCUUCCUUAUGAGCCUAUUCACUGCAGCCAUUAGAAGAUACCCACUAGUAUCACUUGCUCGACCCGCUUUCAAGGUAAUUGCCUACACACGCGCCAUGCAUAUCCAAUCAAUUCCCAUGUGGGAGGGUUCGGGCAACAACUAUGCCUACUUGGUGUCCGAUGACAAGACUAAGGAAGCUGUUAUCAUUGACCCUGCCAAUCCUCCGGAAGUUCUACCUGUUUUGCGAGAGCAAACAACCACUGGCGGCCUCAAGCUAACCAAGAUCAUUAACACACAUCACCACCGUGAUCAUGCGGGAGGUAAUGUAGAUGUCAUCAAAGCGUUCGGCCUACCUGUAAUCGGUGGUCGCGACUGCGAUAAAGUGUCCGAAACACCAAGCCACGACAGCACCUUCAAGAUCGGGUCUAUCAAUGUCAAAGCCCUCCACACACCCUGCCAUACGCAAGACAGCAUAUGCUUCUACUUCGAAGAUGGAAACGAUCGCGCAGUAUUCACUGGAGAUACACUAUUCAUCGGUGGCUGCGGACGAUUCUUCGAAGGCACUCCAGAGCAGAUGCACAAGGCUUUGAACGAGACUCUAGCGGCGCUUCCUGACGACACGAAGGUCUACCCUGGACACGAAUACACAAAGGGCAACGUCAAGUUUGCAAAGAGUGUACUGAACAAUGACGCUAUCAAGAAACUUGACACGUUCACACAAGAAAACAAGGAGACACAAGGAAAGUUCACAAUUGGUGACGAGAAGAAGCACAACGUGUUCAUGCGUGUGGAUGACCCUGAGCUUCAAAAGGUUACUGGCAAAACCCAGCCUAUCGAUGUCAUGGGAGCAUUGCGAUCCAUGAAAGACAAUUCGUAG